UUGUAAAACACCCUGGAGAGAAAAUGGCGGCGGCAGCGGCUUCGGCGCCUCAGCAGCUCUCGGAUGAGGAGCUUUUCUCUCAGCUCCGCCGUUAUGGCCUGUCUCCCGGCCCAGUGACGGAGAGCACCCGCCCGGUCUACCUCAAGAAGCUGAAGAAGCUUCGAGAGGAAGAGCAGCAGCAGCACCGAUCCGGGGGCCGCGGCAGCAAGACGCGGAACAGUAAUAACAAUAACACGGCAGCCGCCACGGUCGCCGCGGCGGGGUCGGCGGCGGCGGCCGUGGGGAUGGGGGUCCGGCCGGUCUCCGGAGACCUCUCCUACUUACGGACUCCUGGAGGCCUGGGCCGAAUCUCGGCCUCUGGCCCGGAGAGCCCCUUGGGAGGGCCCGGGGGCGCCUCGGCCGCCCCCACGGCUGGCAGCAAAGUGCUGCUGGGCUUCAGCUCGGACGAGUCGGACGUGGAGGCCAGUCCCCGGGACCAGGCCGGCGGCGGCGGCGGCGGGAGGAAAGACCGGGCUUCGCUCCAGUACCGCGGGCUCAAACCGCCGUCGGCGCCCCUGGCCGCCAGCGAGGUGACUAACAGCACCUCGGCCGAGCGAAGGAAGCCCCACUCGUGGUGGGGGGCCCGGAGGCCGGCGGCGGCGGAGCUGCAGACCCCGCCGGGGAGAGAUGGAACCGCUGAGGACGAGGAAGAGGAGGGAGAGGACGGAGAGGACAGGGACCCGGAGGCCGAGGAGCCGCUGUGGGCGAGCCGGACCGUGAACGGCAGCCGGCUGCUCUCCUACAGCUGCCGGGAAAACUAUUCGGACUCGGAGGAAGAGGAGGACGGCGACGUGGCCUCCGGACGCCAGGUAUUAAAGGAGGACUCCUUCUGCCGACAUCGGCCCAGACGGAGCCAUAGUAAGCCUCUCCCUGCGCUGACUGCGAAGUCGGCGGGCGGCCGGCUGGAGCCCUGCGUUCAGGGAGGGGGAGGAAUCGCGAUGAAUGACAGGGCGGCGGCCGCGGGGAGUCUAGACAGGAGCCGCAACCUCGAAGAGGCGGCGGUGACGGCGGCGGAGCAGGGAGGAGUGUGUGAUCCCCUGGACUCCAGCCCCGCUCCUAGAUACCGUGUUAACGCUAAGAAACUGGCCCCUCUCCUGCCGCCGCCACUGACCGACAUGGACGCAACCUUGGAUUCGUCCACAGGCGCCCUGCUUAAAACCAAUAAUCAUAUCGGCGGUGGGGCCUUCGGUGUGGACUCCCCCAGGAUUUUUGCCAACAGCCUCCCUCCCAGUGUGGCAAUGUCCGCGUCUGGGGCACUCAGGAUCAAUCACUCCAAUCAUACGGGCUCCAAUCACACCUACCUGAAAAACACAUACAACAAACCGAAGCUUUCCGAACCCGAGGAGGAACUUCUCCAGCAAUUUAAACGGGAGGAGGUGUCCCCAACCGGGGGUUUCAGUGCCCACUACUUGUCAAUGUUUCUCUUAACUGCUGCCUGCUUGUUUUUCCUCAUAUUGGGACUGACUUACCUAGGAAUGAGAGGGACAGGCGUCUCCGAGGAUGGAGGACUCGGCAUAAAAAACCCCUUUGAUGAAACAUUUGGAAAAAUACAAGAAAGUGAAAAAAAUCUUAUUAUGAACACUUUAUACAAGCUUCAUGAUCGAUUGGCACAGCUUGCAGGAGAUCAUGAAUGUGGCAGUUCUAGUCAGAGAACACUUUCUGUCCAGGAGGCAGCUGCAUUUUUAAAAGAUUUAGGUCCUGAAUAUGAAGGUAUAUUUAACACCUCAUUGCAGUGGAUUUUAGAAAAUGGAAAAGAUGUUGGAAUAAGGUGUGUUGGUUAUGGCCCUGAGGAAGAAUUGAAAAAUAUAACUGAUGUGCAGUUUUUACAAUCCACAAGACCACAGAUGUCUUUCUGGUGUCGUUUUCGACGAGCUUUUAUUACUGUUACCCACAGGUUAUUGUUAUUAUGUUUAGGUGUAGUGAUGGUUUGUGUCGUUCUGCGUUACAUGAAAUAUCGCUGGACAAAAGAGGAAGAGGAAACAAGGCAGAUGUAUGAUAUGGUGGUAAAGAUUAUAGAUGUUUUACGAAGUCAUAAUGAAGCUUGCCAGGAAAAUAAAGAUUUACAACCUUACAUGCCUAUUCCACAUGUGCGAGAUUCCUUAAUACAGCCUCAUGACAGGAAAAAACUGAAGAAAGUCUGGGAUAGAGCUGUUGACUUCCUUGCUGCUAACGAGUCUAGAGUUCGCACCGAAACACGAAGACUAGGCGGUGUAGAUUUUCUGGUUUGGCGGUGGAUCCAACCUUCUGCAUCCUGUGACAAGAUAUUAGUAAUACCUUCUAAAGUAUGGCAAGGUCAAGCAUUUCAUUUAGAUAGAAGAAAUUCACCACCAAAUAGUUUGACACCAUGUCUGAAGAUCCGAAAUAUGUUUGAUCCAGUUAUGGUUGUGUAUAUGUUAAAUGUCUGUCUCCAGAGUAUGCUGGUAAAGCUUUUAAGGCAUUGCAUGGCUCUUGGUUUGAUGGGAAAUUGGUUACAGUAAAAUAUUUACGACUAGAUAGAUAUCACCAUCGCUUUCCCCAAGCUCUUACUUGCAACACUCCCUUGAAGCCAUCAAAUACACAUAUGAACUCUAUGUCUCAUCUUCGUCUUCGGACUGGCCUAGCCAAUUCUCAAGGAGGUUCCUGAAAAGACUUUCUUCCACUCCUAGGACUGUUAUUUACAAUAGGAAAAUUCCUGUUUGGCUUCCUGUCUUCCUUUUUAAAUGCUUUUUGUAUGUAAUAUUUUUAUUGAAUACAGCUCUGUUUGAACGUUCCAGAAAUCUUAAGGUUCCAAAGGGACUUAGCAGUGAGGCAGCAAUGCUGAGUAGAUAAAUAAUUGUUUCAUUCAGUUUUUGGAGCUCAGUUAAGCCAGUGCAUUUAGAGUUUUGCAUGAGGAACAUUGACUUUAUUAAGCAUUUUCAGAUGUGGUGGUUGUACUUUUGCACCAAGAAGUGUUUUGAUAACCACACAAAAGCAUGGUGAAGAGGCUUGUAUUUCUAUCAUUUCCUGUGAACUAAUGUUGUGAAUUUUUGUAUACAGUCACCUGCAUAGUUCCUUACAGGCUAAUGUGGUAAAACUGUUCAUUUCCCAAUUUAACCUUAGGUUUCUAUUGCUUGUAAGAGAUUUAUUUGCUACAGCUGGAACAUGGGACAACUAAUUUGGGUUUAGUGGUUACAUAUAAGUGGAUGUACAUGUACUUAAACUGGCUUAUGUAUAUAUGUAUAAAUGUUGGUGGUGGCGAAAGUAGUCUUGUUUUGUGAGUAUGUCUGCAUUAAAGCAGUAAAAUAAGCUUCCUAUUUUAUUCAUAAUCUAAUGUGUAUAUAUAUGUACAUGUAUAUAUGUGUGUAUGUAUAUAUGUGUGUGUAUUUAUAUGUGUAUACAUAUAUGUGUAUACAUACACACACAUAUAUAUACCUACGGCUGAACUAUCACAUAGAUCAAACAGCCAAACACCUGGAAGUAUUAGAUACAAGUUUCAAAUAUCUUUUAUAGGUUUUAUAUAAAAUGUCUUGAAUAUGAUUUUGUGUGAAAGUUUCGAUAUCAGUUGUAAUGGAUUCAAAUUUAUGUGAGCAAUAAAGAAACAAUUGGCAGAUAUUGGAAAAGUAUUUUGUGAAAAGGUGUAUUUAUUAUAAAUACUAGGGCUAUGAUAUAGUACCAUUGGGAUUAAGUAAUUUCCCAAUCUAUUUAUAAUUUAAUGAAAUGUUAGCUCCCCUGUUACAUGUCAAGUUUAAAGCAGGGCACAUUGUUUCAGCAAAAUGUGUAUUUGAAAAAUUAUAUUUACAGUUUUGGGUCAUGAAAGUUUGCUGUAUAGUAAAUGCACGAGUGGCCAUUGCUUUGUGCCUCGGUAUUUACUUUGUUUCAGUAAAGUUACUUUAUUACUGUUUAUUAUUUCAGAUUAAAAUAGUUGUGGAGCAAAGUUUACUUGUAACAACUGACUUUUAAAAAAAUAACCUGUUGAUAUAUCAUUGUCAGUCCAAAUGAAUAUGUGAAACAGCUGGCAUUGUACCAAUUUUGAUUUUGUUUAAAGCUCAGUUUCCUUUUUGGUUUUGAUUGUAUAUAUGUUGGGUUUGCAGCAUGAACUUGCACAGAUAAUGCACGUUUUCUGGUUAAGUAAACAUGAUGCACACUGUUCUGUAACAGAAAACCCUAUUGUGCCUUACCUAUGUGCUUUUGUGGGCACCAUGUUUAUGAAGAAUAAAAAAAUGAUUUGUUAUCUGAAGAGAAUAAAUUUUAAAUUCUCAGUUUGUCUCAGAUGCUAAAGUGUGAAAAUAUAAAUAUAUAUAUAAUAUAUAAAAUAAUCUUUCUGUAUUUUAUGUGCAUCAUAGUGAUUUAUCUGAGCUUAGUGACCCCCAUCUUGUGACCUGUUGCAAGAGUGAAUGUAAAAAAUAGUUGUAGCAUUUUUAAAAGGUCACCUUUUGAUGCAGCUGCAUCUUUUUCUUGCUUCUAAAACAUAUUUCAUGUAAACAUUGUACAUUUAUUAUUGUAAUAUAUACUAUUAUGCAGCUUAUUUUACCUGAAACUGUUAAGCCGACCAAGAUCCCUCCCUGCAAGACAGAUGGGAAAUAUGUAUAAUAACUAGAUAUUUGAGAAGUUCUGAAGUUUGAUGUAAUCUGUUACUUGUCCUGUUACAAAAAGGAAAAAAAUUAAAAAUUUAUUAGGUUUUUUUAA